AUGCCAACUCGCAUAUAUCAGAAAACAUCUUUCGAAACCAUGUCUGCGGAGAAGUACAAUAAUCCUCCCGGCGCAGCGCAGAAACACAGCGACUUGGGGCAUUAUUCGCAGUCCGUUGACCUGGGAAAUGGAGCCAUCAAAUGCUCGGGCCAGGGAGGCUGGGACCCUGAGACCGGGGCUCUGGACGCGAAUGACAGCGACAAUCAGAUUGAGUUGGCUAUGAAGAAUGUCGACGUAGUUCUCAAGGCCGCCGGUCUUCGAGGAUGGGAGGAUGUGUACUUGCUGCGUUCAUACCAUUGCGAUAUUCGCACAUCAUGGGCGCCCACUGCGGAGGCUCUCCGCCAGCGAAUUCCUGGUCAUCGGCCGGUCUGGACUGCUAUAGGAGUUGCCAAUUUGGCAUUUCCCGCCAUGCUUAUUGAGCUAGAAGUUGAGGCUCGUAGAUCAAGCUAA